AUGGCAGGUGACUUGCCUGCGAGCCACGAGGCUCCCAAGGUCUAUUUUGACCUUUCUUGCACUUAUUUCUGUCUCACUGCUGAAUUUCUCGGAGCAUUGGGAGCACCAUUUUUGUUGGAAGACCCUGCAAACCAGUUCCUACGUCUCAAAAGGCAUGUGUAUUUGCAGGAUUACUGGGACCCAGAUCACAGUCCGAAUGUGUGGAAAAACACACUGGCUGAUCAGGCUCAUGAAACAUGGACUGCUUUGAAAACAACAGUACAGUAUUACUUGAAUGUGAAUACAUUCAGCUUUGACAUGUUUACUGCCCAGUAA